AGUCUUUUCGCCCAGCAAAACCCAGCUCCUAAACCCUUCCCUCUGCUGCGUGCCUCCCCCCCAGUACUUGUGCUCUGAAACCCUCUCGCGUUUUUCUUCCUCACCCUUUCGUGUUUUUGUUUUUUCCAGCGCAGUUUUUCCAGAAAACUGAAGCUUCAAAGCCAUGGAGGAUGCUUCAAAUUCAAAUGGAGGCCAGGAAGAUAUAGUAAACAAAGAAGCGCCUCAGCUUGCGGCUGUGUUGAAGGAAAUGAAGGAAGGAUUAGAUGUAGUUGAUUUCAAAGUCAGGGCUUUAACUGCCAAGGUGAAAGAAAAUCAGUAUCCGACAUCCCAAGGGUUUCACUAUCUUGAAGCCAAGAAUAUGCUGCUUCUGCAAUAUUGCCUUUCACUUGUCUAUUACUUACUUCGCAAGGCUAAAGGGCUCUCAAUCAGUGGACAUCCGGUUGUCCAGAGCCUUGUCGAGACAAGGUUGUUUUUGGAAAAGAUUCGACCUAUUGACAAGAAGAUGCAGUACCAAAUUGAGAAGCUGACUAAGGUUACCGCGAGCACAACUGAUAACAUACAGCCAAGUGAGAAGCAAUCACAAUCAAAUAAAACAGAAGAUUUGUUGAGUUAUCGCCCGAACCCUGAAAUGAUUCCUAGCAAAAUAGACCUGACUUCUGAGGAUCAUGGCAAGUAUAUACCACCCAAAAUUGCACCAACUUCAAUGGAGAAAGAUAAGUCCUCAAGAUUUGAAAGAAAUGCACUCAGAAAGGAGGAGAAUACUCUACGACAGUCUAAGCAUAGUCGUUAUGUGAGGGACAUGGUUGAUGAUUUUGAAGGGAGACCUGAAGAGAUUGUGGAAAGUUUUGGAGCUGAAAGUGUAGAAUUAGAAAGAUUUAAGGCAAAGUUGGAUGAGCGGGCACGGAUAGAAGAGGAUCUUUUUACUCGUGCUCCUAUUACAAAGGCAGAGAAAAGGAAGGCAAAACACUUACUAAAGUCAAGAAAUGGGUUGCUUGAUUUGACUGAAAAUUUCUAUGAGGAAAUUAAAACUCUACCAUUGGAAGAGGGGAAUGAUGAGAUGUCGAGUUUCAGUAGUGCUAGAGGUGGAAGAAGCGGAAGAGGUGGAAGAAGUGGAAGAGGUGGAAUGAGGGGCCAUAAGAAGCGCAAGAUGAGGCAUUGAAGGACAAACUUAUGCAGCUUCAUAACUCCAUUUGCCUUGGUUUUGACGCACGAAUGAGCUUCGUACAAGAAUGAACUUUGGUGAUUAGAAUUAGUUUUAUUGUAUUUAUGCAAUAUGGUAUCAACAUAAUGUUUUUGACGAAUCCCUUUAAUUUUUAAAAUGUUUUUUAUGCUC